AUGGGUAAGACUGCCGACCUGACUGCUGUCCAGAAGGCCAUCAUUGACACCCUCAACUGUGCUAGCAAGGAGGAGCAGGAGGAGGAGGAUCCUCAGAAGAAGGAGGAGACCGCCCCUUACUCCUCCAGGAGCACUAGCGCCUGGAGCGAGAUCCUCCCCAACGAUGACGAUGACAAACGCGACGGAGGCUCCUCUGUCAAAUCGUUUGACCAGGCGAAGUACGACCUGGGCCGCCUGCUGGCAUCCCACAGCAUGUGCACCAGGAUGUUCCAGGGGAGGAUCCACCACUUCUCUGAGCAGUUGAUUGGCCGCAUUUAUCAGAUCCUCCUGGACACCCGGAUGGGACAACUCCCCUCGACACCCCAUUGCCGCUCCGAGCCCAACUUCCAGAACCUGGAGGACAAGGAACGUCGAGACCAGGAGUUCUUCACCCCUCUGCUGUACAAUUUCUUCCAGACGGCCUUCAAGGGCCUGAUGGGGAACCUGCUGGGCGAAGAAGACUUCACGGACGACCACCGUGCAUCCUGCAGCGAUGCGUCCUCGGACGGUAGUGACAGCAACAGUGAUAGCAGCAGUGACAGCAGUGACUGUCCCUCCCUGGACUGGUCCCGUGGGAUGACGCCGGGCCCCAGGCAAGGGGUGGAGGGUAGAAGGAGAUCGCAGAGCAGGUUGAAGCCCUCCUGCAGCCAGGACCAGAGGUGGGCACUGGAGGCCAUUUGUGAGGUGUUGACUACCCAGGCAGAAAGUGACCUCUACAAGACCUGCAACAACCCACGAGAAAACAUGGUCGUUUUCAUCAAAGGCCUUGAUGCUGAAGCCAUGACCAGGGUAGGUAACCUAGCCGGCUCCUCCUCUGAAGAAAUCAACCAGGAAGUGGCAACAGAAGGUCUCGAGCCAGAGUCAAGUCUCACCAACCAGCAAGUUGGCCAGCUUGAGAUGGAUGACAAUGAAAAUGCUGCCUACCCUGAUGAUUUCCACGAAAAGGAUGAAGGGUCAGAUUGCCAGAUGAAUGACUUUUCCAAGGGUGCAUUGAUUGAGGAAGAGGAGAAGGAUGAAGAUGAUGGAGCUGCAGGCCUCCCUGAGGAGGUCCAGAAUCAUCCCUCCCUACCCGUGAGCCCCUCUGAGACCCCGUCCCUCCAGCCUGAGGAGGCUCUGAUCCGUCACGCCGAGGUUUGGCGGCCUUCUGCCGUGUCGGGUGAGAGUCAUGAUUUGGAAACAGGUUGUGAGGAGAAGGAGAGCACAGAGGACUCUGCUGGUUUGGAAAAGGCCGGUGGAAGUUCCAGCCCCUUCAUAAGCAACACAAGCUUGGAUGAAGGACUUGAAAUGGACACUGCUGGCUUGGAAAAGGCCGGUAGAAAUUCCACCACCUUCGUCACAAACACAAGCUUGGAUGAAGGACUUGAGAUGGACUCUGCUGCCUUAGAAAAGGCCAGUGGAAGUUCCAGCCCCUUCAUAAGCAACACAAGCUUGGAUGAAGGACUUGAGAUGGACUCUGCUGCCUUAGAAAAGGCCAGUGGAAGUUCCAGCCCCUUCAUAAGCAACACAAGCUUGGAUGAAGGACUUGAGAUGGACUCUGCUGCCUUAGAAAAGGUCAGUGGAAGUUCCAGCCCCUUCAUAAGCAACACAAGCUUGGAUGAAGGACUUGAGAUGGACUCUGCUGCCUUAGAAAAGGCUAGUGGAAGUUCCAGCCCCUUCAUAAGCAACACAAGCUUGGAUGAAAGACUUGAGACGGAGUGUGCUGGCUUGGAAAAGGCCAGCAGACUUGCCUCCUGCCUCUCAUCCUCCUCCACUUCCUGGUCCUGCUACUCCUCCUCUUCUUCCACCUCUGUUCUCUCCUCUCCUUCGUCCUCCAAAUCCUCCAUCAGCUCCUCCACCUCCAGGGGCUCCACAGCUCAGGCCCCUAGCCCAGAGGGACAUCAUUUGGGAAAGACCGACACCCCAAUCCUUCGGAAAUGGUUCACUCUGAAGAAAGAGAAGACUUUCCUUAAGGAUGGACGGAAUGUGGCUGCCAAGGGAAGAAAGACAAGCAUAAUAUUCAGGACAAACAAAGUUUCUCCCCUGAGCGCUGAACGUCCAGACCUUGGUGAGUCCUCCAUUGCUGGAGGAGAGGAGAAGAAGAAGAAGAAAAAGUCCUUCAAAGCUUUCUUCCGGGGGAUCUCUGCAGUUCUCUCCAGGGCUUUUUGCUUCAGCUGCGUGAAUGAUAUUCACCAGUAGAGGGCACCACCUGCUUAGUCAACUGGCUGGAAGAGAAAGAGUCACUACGGCAACAACUGUAGCUACUUCCCUCUUCUUCAGAACUGUGGAACCAAUUUUGGGG